AUCUUUUCAAACUCACGAAAAUCCUGGAUUGCAUGUUUAAGGACCAUGGCCACCUCUGGAGCUUCUCAAUUCCCUCCUUACGAGGGCACAGAAAUCAUUAGCUUCCAAUUCUCGAAUUCCACUGUUUCCGGUUCGCUCUCGGAUGAGAAUACCGAAGUCGGCAGGAUAUGGGCGGCGACGCUAAAGGCUUAUCUCGAUCACCCAGAAACCGGCAUCGUCUGGUGGGGGGUAGUGCGUGACGCUCCGAACAAAGCUAAGCUGUUUAUCGAUUGGAAGAGCUCAGCUGGUCGAGGUCAAUUUGAAGCUAGCCCCCAAGCAACAGAGCUUGCCAGCGCCUGGAAAUCCAUCACUGUAGCGCCAGUCACCAAAGACACAUACAAGUUCACCUCUAGCGAUGUCGCCAGAAAAACAGCUUUAUCCAGCACCUUCGAAACCGUCUCAGCCCUCUUCACUUUCAGAUUCAAUGCUCAACUUAGCGCUGGCGAUGGUCAGCAAUUGGAUGCAACUUUCCAAGAAACAGACCGGGCAAUUAUGCUAAGCCCAGGCGCUGUCGUCGCCAGCUACUCAAUUGGAGGAUGGAGCUUGGACCGCACAUCAUACUGCGCGGCGUACCGCUACCUAAACGCUGAUGCCAUGAGGAAUUUCAUCACAGGCGAUAACAAGGUCAGAGGUUUAUUGGAAGGAUUGCAGUCUCGCGCUUCAGGCGGCACGCAACUGGAGUUUCUGGAAACACGAGUCUAUAAGCAAGGCUGGCAAGGAUCCGUCACCAAGACAGAGCCUGAUAUUCCGACUUUAUCGGCUUUUAUGGCUGAUGCGCAGGCCUUGUUUAAGAGUUUUGACUCGGCUGGGAUCCGAGGAGAAUAGUGCCCCUCGAGCAAGGCUGGAUUUGUGGACUUUGAGGACCAAUUCGGCACAGCUCCGGGCUCGGAGGAUAGCUCCGAUCAUCAAAGAAAGGCAUAUUAGGGGACAGCGACCGAGCUUCUUAAUAAUGGAGCAUUCUAGAAAUAAAGAUUGUAAUUCAAUAUUAUUUCUUCUAGGGGAC